AGAGAAACAUUUUGUUCCCUUUUCAUAGUUUCAUUCUUUUGACAAUUUUAGCUUUAAUUAGGCAUUAAUACCAGAUUAAAACGACGGCAGAAUUAAGUCAACAUGGGCCAGUCACUAAAGGAACUGGACAAAUGGACAAUACAAUGGCUGCGGGAAAGAGAAUUGGGACAACGUUUCACCAUCAGACAUCAGCCAUCACGAGACACAUUGUGGAAAACAUUGUACAGUCGUUUCCACGUGCAAUCAAUGUGGCAUCCCAAUGACACAGUGGAUGACACUCAUCAUGGAGCUGUGUUCAAUUUUGACUUCUCUACUGAUGGGUCAGUAUUGGCUGCUGCAUGUGAACAAAAGUCUUUGUUAUUGUUUGAUCCUCUGAAUGGAAAGCUGAUUCAUACCCGCAAUGCAGCCCAUACAGAUUGUGUCAACUGUGUCAAAUUUCUUGACUCACGUCUGUUCGCCAGUUGCUCCGAUGAUACAAGCAUUGCAUUAUGGGAUUGCCGUUACCUAAAGAACAGAGUGCGGACUUUACAAGGCCACUCUAACUGGGUAAAGAACAUCGAGUACUCGCAUGAUGAUGGCAUGUUAUUGACUUCUGGUUUCGAUGGAAGCAUUUUCUUAUGGGAUAUUAACAAGUACUCUGAACAGAAUGAGGGUAACUGUGUGUUCCAUAUGAAUGGAUUAAUGCGCUCAAAGUUAACACCAGAUGCUUCAAAACUUGUUAUAUCCACAACUGGUGGCUACCUGAUUGUAAUACAUGACCUCAAUCUGAACACCUUAUCACAUGAUUUACAGGGCUUCAGGCCAAAUAUGUACAGAUUAAUGCAGAUGAGUGGCCAGCCAAUCAGACAAGGCUACCAAUUCAACCAUCUUUUUGAAAGAAAACGGAACAGGGUUGAGUUCAUUUCUGAUUUCCCAACUGGCAAUGACGCUGAAGUAAUCGCCUCGUUGCAGGUUCACCCUCAAGGUUGGUGUGUGCUCUCCAGGAAUACAAGUGGUGAUGAAAAUACAGAGUUUACGUCUGUACAUGACAUACAAACAAUUCCUAAGGAUUCCAACAAUGAAAGAACAACUACCGAACAGCCCCCCGAAACGAGGCCUGAACCCCAAUCAACACCCUCUGGUAGCACCCCCACUAGGGGGCAUGGUUCUGUCGUUAUCAACAUCAGGGUUGAAGAGACGGACGAUCCUAACGAGGCAGGAACUGUUCAAAUACGCCCAGUACACGGUCGGCAAAAUAGUGGGGAUAUAGAAACCAUUCCAUUACAUCCAAGAGUACCAGAGCCUAUUCCAAGUACAUCAGGUGGGAAUCUCGAAACUGUUCUUACUAACAGAGAAUUAACUCCAGAUGAACCUAUGGAGGUUGCACCAAGUGGGGAUCAAGAAACUGACAGAGAACCUGUUUUAUCAGGUUCAUCUGAGGAGGAUUUAGAAACAGUGAGAGUACAAUCGAUGUUCAGAGACGCCAACAGAGAACAAGAAUCAAGGACUGAUUUAUAUCAGAUUGGUGAUACAUCACCCAGAAGUGAUUCAGACAAUAGACAACAAUCACCCAGAAGUGAUGCAGGAAAUAGGCAACAAUCACCCAGACGUGAUUCUGACAAUAGACAACAAUCACCCAGAAGUGAUUCAGGAAAUAGGCAACAAUCACCCAGAAGUGAUUCUGACAAUAGACAACAAUCACCCAGAAGUGAUUCAGACAAUAGACAACAAUCACCCAGAAGUGAUUCAGGAUAUAGACAACAAUCACCCAGAAGUGAUUCAGGAUAUAGACAACAACCAACCAGAAGUGAUUCAGACAAUAGACAACAAUCACCCAGAAGUGAUUCAGACAAUAGACAACAAUCACCCAGAAGUGAUUCAGACAGUAUACAGCAACCACAGAGAAGUGAUACAGAUCAUAGAGAACAAUCACUUAUGAGACAAUCUGAGAGUAUGGAGGACAUAUCCAAUGAGCCAGUUGGCGAAGAACCAACUAAUGCAUCAAAUACUAAUGAAAGUGAUCCAGUUAUGUCAUAUGCAUUUAUAAAUAUAGGUGUUACAUAUGGCGAGGAGAAUAGUUCACAACCAAGUGCUUCAAAUAGACAGCCAAGGGCAUCAAAUAGACAAAUAAGUGCAUCGAAUAGACAAGUAAGUGCAUCAGAUUUUCAUAGUUCUGAUUCAAGCAGCAGUGAAGAUUCAUCAAAUUCAUCAAAUGUACAAGUUAGUGCAUCAAAUGUACAAGAAAGUGCAUCAAAUGUACAGGAAAGUGCAUCAAAUGUACAAGAAAAUGCAUCAAAUGUACAAGAAAGUGCAUCAAAUGUACAAGAAAAUACAUCAAAUGUACAAGAAAAUGUAUCAAAUGUACAAGAAAAUGCAUCGAAUGUCCAGGAAAGUGCAUCAAAUGUACAAGAAAAUGCAUCGAAUGUCCAGGAAAGUGCAUCAAAUGUACAAGAAAAUGUAUCAAAUGUACAAGACAGUGCAUCAAAUGUACAUGAAAAUGCAUCAAAUGUACAAGAAAGUGCAUCAAAUGUACAAGAAAAUGCAUUGAAUGUCCAGGAAAGUGCAUCAAAUGUACAAGAAAAUGCAUCGAAUGUCCAGGAAAGUACAUCAAAUGUACAAGAAAGUGCAUCAAAUGCACAAGAAAGUGCAUCAAAUGCAUAUGAAAGUGCAUCAAAUGCACAAGAAAGUGCAUCAAAUGCACAAGAAAGUGAAUCGAAUGUACAAGAAAGUGCAUCAAAUGAACAAGAAAGUGCAUCAAAUGUACAAGAAAAUGCAUCAAAUGUACAAGAAAGUGCAUCAAAUGUACAAGAAAAUGCAUCAAAUGUACAAGUAAGUGUACGAGAAAGUGCAACAAAUACAACAGACUCCGAUUCGGACAGCAGUGAUAACGAAGAAAGUGCAAGGACAUCCCACGAACAACGUGGUUUGAAUAGAACGUCGUCUACAAGGCAUCAAAUCAUACCUGCUCGGCAAAGAACGCUAGGAAGUCAAACUUUUGGGAGAGGGCGUAUAUCAAUCGGGGAUCUCCAAGCGGGGCCAUUCAGACAACAAUUACAAAGUUUAACUGGCCCGAAUAGAGAAACUGUUACAUAUGUGAUUAGAUCAGGAGCAAAUGUAGCCGAACAAACUAUGUUGUUAUUAAAUCAGGGACAGAGCUCUCGACCACGUGUACCUUCGGGGGCGAGGAUUCACCAGAAUACACCUAGAUUAACUCAUUACAUUUCCGAGCCAAACGUCGGAAGGGGCUUCAUAAAGGAGUUGUGUUUUAACUCAGAUGGACGUUUGAUUUGCUCACCAUUUGGUUUUUCUGUUCGAUUAUUGGCGUUUGAUCCCGAUUUGCGGGAAUUGUGCGAUUGUACACUGGACCAGCCUGUUGUUCUUUACGAGGUUAACAGUCAUAUUAAUCACGCCAGUUAUGUCGUAUCGACAAAAUUUAGCCCUGUUCAUAGUCUGUUUGUAACGGGAAGCAUGGAGGGUAAAGUCGCAUUUUACCAACCAAGACUAUAG